UUUAAUCCCUAUCUCUUUCUGACUGUCCAUUUCUCUCAUUUUAUAAAUAGUAAUUGUUGAAAUCACAAUGAUGUCACUUGUGGAAUAUCAUUUUAUACUGACAAGCUAAGGUUAGAGCUGGCAGAAAAUAGCUUCUAUCCCUACCACAGCUAUUGGACCUUCUAAUGGCUUACACGUGUCUUUCCAUCAAGGAGAAAGAUUUCAACUGAUUGUCUACCAGGAGAGAGGGGCAGCCACUAUAACUCACAAAGAUCUUUCCGAAAAAUACCUCACACAACAAAAAGCCUGUUGAAAUAUUAUCCCUGACGAAGUGAAACAAUUCUAGAUGACUUCCGCAGGCAUUCUCCUAUGUCACCACAUUCUUCUAUCUUUUUUAUUCCCAUGAAUUCUGAUACAGCAAAGGUUGGAAAUUUACAGAAGGCCAACUUCUAGUAUAUGCAGGAUGUGAAAAAUAGUCUUCCCAAAUGAAAGCAGCUAUAACAGAAAAUAAUCAUUGCAAAGAGUUCCACACAUAAUGCUUUAAAUGUAACUCUCAUUAACAAGUCUAACAUCUAGAUCUAUUCAUGUGUAAGCUCAAAUCAAAUAUCAUUGCCAUCCACUGGACUUUGACGUAACACAUUGAGUAUCUACAGAAAACCUGAUGUCUAGUUCUCAAGAAUUAAAGGAAUAAUUGUACAACUGUAAAAGAAACUGCUUCCGCAACGGUAGCUCAAUAAUUCAAGUUCAAAGGAUUUUGAAAAGUUAGCUAUGUCAAAACUCUCGAGAGUGUGCUAUAUAUGUGGCAAACAAUUUGGAUUACAUUCAAUUGCUGUGCAUGAGCCUCAAUGUCUACAGAAAUGGCGAAUUGAGAAUGAGAAAUUACCAAAGCACCAAAGAAGACCAGAACCAAAAAAACCAGAGCCUGUUAAAACUGAUGGUUCUUAUGAUGUUGAUGCUACUAAUGCAGCAGCAUUCGCAAGUGCAAAGGCUCAACUCAUUCCCUGUGAAAACUGUGGUCGAACAUUCUUACCUGAUCGACUUCCUGUGCAUCAAAGAAGCUGUAAAGGAAAAGGUGGAGGUACAUCAUCCAGAAUGCCUGAGUCAAGUACAGGUUACAGUUCUCCACCAGCAAUUAGACGCCCACGAACAGUUGUCUGCUAUAUUUGUGGCAGAGAAUAUGGAACUACAUCUAUAAGUAUUCAUGAGCCACAGUGUUUGAAAAAAUGGCAUAUCGAAAAUGAUAAGCUUCCAAAGCAUCUCAGAAGGCCAGAACCCAAGAAACCUGAAGUCAGGUCUAUCACAGGUAAAGGAGCAUAUGAUAUAGAAGCUUUAAAUGAGGCAGCUUGGAGAAGUUCCCAAGAUCAACUGGUACCUUGUGAGAACUGUGGGCGAACCUUCCUCCCAGACAGAUUGAUUGUCCAUCAACGUUCGUGUAAACCAAAGUAACCAAACCAAUGAACAAAGCUAAACUGAUAUGGAUUAAGAUGUGACGACAAACAAUAGUUUAUUGAUUCCAUGAAAACUGAAAUAAUACAAAACUUUUUUUAAAAAAUGUUUGUGGCAUUUUUGCAUAAAUUCCUGCUGUAAAUCAACUUGAAUAAAACAAUUUUAAAAUUAAAUUCACCAUUCAUAUAUCAUUGCUUCAGGAUUGGGAUGGGCAUUCUACUGCUGUUCCAACACACACCUGCCAAGUCUUUGCCUAUCCAAAUAAAGGCCACUGACAUGUUUAGGGCAGAGAUUUUCUAUGCUGGGACAUUCAAGCAUUGUGGCCUUUUAUUUAAAGAGGUCAGUUCAUGUAUACAGUUGCACGUCAAAUAAUUCUCAAGCAUAAAUGUAUAUCUCACACAAAGGGUCUUAUAGAAUCGUAUAAUUUUAAAGUACAGAAGGAGGCCAUUUGACCCAUUGUGUACCAGCUCCUAAAAGAGAUACCCAGCUAGUCCCAUUUUCAAACCCUAUCUCCACAGCCCUAUAAAUUCAUCACUCUCAAAUAUAUAUUCAACUCUCUUUUAAAACCACCUAUGGAAUCGGCCUACACCACUUUCCCAGGCAGCGCAUUCCAAAUCCUAACAACUCUCUGAUUAAUGAAAUUUCUCCUCAUCUCACACCUAGCUCUCCUGUUGACGAUCUUGAAAUUGUUAUUUUAGUUACUGACAUAGCAACUGGUGGAAACAGAAUAUUCUUCUUUAUCCUGUCAAAAUUUUGAAAACCUCAAUAAGGCCACCUUUUUAUCUUCUCUGCUCCAAGGACAAUAAGCCCAAUUUCUCUAAUCGUUCCUUGUAUCUAAAAUUCUGCAUUCCUGGUAUCAUUCUCAUACAGCUCAUUCUCCUGCCCUGCCCUUCCUGAUCACUUUAAAUGUCUCACAAGCCUCUAGCUGUAACCCCCUUUUUCCUCCGAUGUUACCUAAUUCUAUAUCUAUUGCUACCUUGUUGAUGACCACUAUGCUAGCCCACUAGUUUUUCUGGGUGAGCAGUUCAAUACCAAUGUUCCCUGUAAGCUGAGCUCUGAAGAUGAGACAUACUGGACUCAAAAUAUUAACUGUGUUUCUCUGCCAGACCCAUUGAAUUUCUUUGGCACUUUUUGUUUUGAUUUCUUUAUAAACCAUGUAAUCAUACCCAAAUGUUCCUGUGAAGGCAGCAUACAAGUUGGUUCUUUUAAGUUAUCACACAUGCACAGCUGCUGCAAGAAAGACAAGAGGGCCUGUGCACUCAAAUAAAUCAUACUCCAAAAGAAAUUAGAAGGUACACUUUUCAAUACACAUGCAAUGCAGGAUCUAUCCUAUUUGGUUUCCAUUAAACUCUGCACAUUGUUACUACAUUCCCUGGCAGCUUAAUCAGGUUAACCUCAGUAAUAUGAAAAUUGUGUUUUCUUCUUGACUGUGAUUUGAGCUUCAAGCCCUACAACAAGAUUUUCCAUUUCCAGCUUCCCAACAGCUCUUCUAACACUACUGUCUUAAUUCCCUUUCCAAAAUGCAGCUGAAACACUAGUCCAUGCCUUUAGCUCUUCCAAACGUGAUCAUUGUAACACUGUCCUUGCUGGAGUCUGGUCCCUCGUGCAUUAUACUUUUCCAAAACUAAUCUGUUUAUGUACUACCUUGCUCCUCAUUAUCCUAAUCCUAACCAUCCUUAUUUUCUCCUUUCCAUUUCUCCAAAUACAUUUAUUUCAAGGCAUCUGCUAGCCUAUCCUGGUUCUGCUAUUAAAUUAUAUGCGUUCACUUUAUCUUCUAUUUUUUGUGGAAAGUUAAUAUAAAUGUGUAUGUAUUUUUGCUAUUAUCAAUGUGAAAAUUAUCAUUGCAAUGCAAACAUAUUUAUUUUAAAGAAAUGUUUGUAACAAUUAAGAGCUUGAUAAUUGGGAAGUAGAAUUUCUGUGGAGUUCACUCAAUCUUGAUGUAAGCGAAAUCUUGGCAAAACGGUGUUACAGACAUUCUAAUUCAAUAUUUUAAUAUUAAAGAAAACUAUAUUAGAAUGUUCAC